GUCCCGCCUCUGGUGUCAAUCACAAGAUGGCCGUCGCAGUUCGUGUGUCUUACGGCAAGACAAGAAGACUCGUACAUUGGAGAUGUUCUCACAAUUAUUCUCAGAUGUUUCACUUUUCUUCAUGUUUUCACAUCGAGUACAGGUUAGCCGCUACUGCUGUUUACUGAGGUUGCGGGUCGAUACGAAUAAUGAAUGUGUCGAUACCAAUGGCGGCAAAAGUGUUAGUUUGAUACGAUGAGAGGAUAUUUUUGAGUUUUUGUUUAUUUUUCAACAUAAUCAAUUAAUUAUUCAAACCAGGGGUCGGGAACCUUUUUGGCUGAGAGAGCCAUGAAAGCCAAAUAUUUUAAAAUGUAUUUCCGUUAGAGCAGGGGUCACCAACCUUUUUGAAACCAAGAGCUACUUCUUGGGUACUGAUUAAUGCCAAGGGCUACCAGUUUGAUACACACUUAAAUAAAUGGCAGAAAAUAGCCAAUUUGCUCAAUUUAUCUUUAAUGAAUAAAUCUAUAAAUGUAAAAAAAUGGGUAUUUCUGUUUGUCAUUCUGUCGUAGAUUUUUUUCCUUUUACGGAAGUUUUUUUGUAGAGAAUAAAUGAUGAAAAAAACACUUAAUUGAGGAGAAAACAAGAAAUCCAAUCCAAUCCACUUUAUUUAUAUAGCACAUUUAAACAACAAGUUUCCAAAGUGCUGCACACCAUGUUAAAAACAAUAUUAAAAACAAUGUUAUGCUCCACCAAUGACUGAAUAAAAACAAAAAAUACAUAAAUAUAAAACCAAUUUAAAAACAAUAUAAAAAUGAAUAUGAUUAGAAACAAUUUUAAAAGGUAAAAUCAAUUAAAACAGUAAAAUAGAAAUCAAAAUGUAUAAAAAACACAGAGGACAGAGGACCACACAACUCACGUAGUGUUAAAAGCCAAAGAAUAAAAGUGGGUCUUAAGACGAGACUUAAAAAAGAGGAGAAAACACGAAAAAAAAAUGAAAAUACAAUUUUGAAACAUAGUUUAUCUUCAAUUUCGACUCUUUAAAAUUCAACCGAAAAAAAUGAAUAGAAAAACUAGCUAAUUGGAAUCUUUUUGAAAAAUGUUUAAAAAGAAUUUAUGGAAAAUCAUUAGUAAUUUUUCCUGAUUAAGAUUAAUUUUAGAGUUUUGAUGACAUGUUUUAAAUAGUUUAUAAUUCAAUCUGCACUUUGUUAUAAUAUAUAACAAAUUGGACCAAGCUAUAUUUCUAACAAAGACAAAUCAUUAUUUAUUCUACAUUUUCCAGAACAAAAAUUUUAAAAGAAAUUCAAAAUACUUUGAAAUAAGAUUUAAAUUUGAUUCUUACAGAUUUUUGUAGAUUUGCCAGAAUAUUUUUUUUGAAUUUUAAUCUUAAAUUUGAAAAAAUAUUUUACAAAUAUUCUUCGUUGAAAAAACAGAAGCUAAAAUGAAGAAUUAAAUUAAAAUGCAUUUAUUAUUCUUUAUGAUAAUAAUAAAAAAAUACUUUUACAUUGAUUUAAAUUGUCAGGAAAGAAGAAGAAGGAAAUUAAAAGCUAAAAAGGUAUAUGUGUUUAAAAAUCCUAAAAUAAUUUUUAAGGUUGUAUUUUUUCUCUUAAAUUGUCUUUCUAAAAGUUAUAAGAAGCAAAGUAAGAAAAUACAUGAAUUUAUUUGAAAAAGUGAAGACCAAGUCUUUAAAAUAUUUUCUUGGAUUUUCAUAGCUCGGUUGGUAGAGUGGCCAUGCCAGCAACUUGAGGGUUGCAGGUUCGAUUCCCGCGUGUGCCAUCCUAGUUACUGCCGUUGUGUCCUUGGGCAAGACACUUUACCCACCUGCUCCCAGUGCCACCCACACUGGUUUAAAUGUAACUUUGUAACUUAGAUAUUGGGUGUCACUAUGUAAAGCGCUUUGAGUCAUUUGAGAAAAAGCGCUAUAUAAAUAUAAUUCACUUCACUUCAAAUUCUAUUUGAGUUUUGUCUCUCUUAGAAUUAAAAAUGUUGAGCAAAGCGAGACCAGCUUGCUAGUAAAUAAAUAAAAUGUAAAAAAAAUAAAUAGAGGCGGCUCACUGGUAAGUGCUGCUAUUUGAGCUAUUUUUAGAACAGGCCAGCGGGCGACUCAUCUGGUCCUUACGGGCUACCUGGUGCCCGCGGGCACCGCCUUGGUGACCCCUGGGCUACACCAGUCAAGUCCAAUAUAGAUACCACACUUGAUAUUGAUUCACUCGAUAUCCGUAUCACCCAACUCCCCUCAGUCCCACCCUGUUUGCGGAAGUGAAACAUUGCAGUUUCUCAAGGGCGACGUAAACCGCUGGAAAGGUUUCAAAAAUGACAAUGAGCAAACUGUACGUCGUACAGCAGGACCUUGUUGCAGCCAUCCGCGACGCCUUCCAGCUGGCCGUGGACUCGGCUCUCAGAGAUGUGAUGGGACUUGUCGGCAAGGCGACGAGCAGCAUCUGCGAGGAUCUACGGAGAGAAAACGAGUCUUUGAAAGAACAAUUGGAGCGAGCCGCGCUAGACCAGAACCGAAGUGCUGGUCUUCCUGUUUCAAGGCGUCCACUUUAUGCCUCCGAUCCCACCGAUCGACUCCUGCCUCACAUCGGCCCGAGAACAGACGGAGAAGAUAUAUGGAGGACGGACACGGGUGGAUGUUCUACCGCCAAAGUGGACCAUGAGAUCUGUGACGACGUGCAUAGGUCGGACUGUGCUGGAGAGACACACAGUGAUGGACUUUUCACUCAAGAAGAGCUGUCCAAUGCAUGUGUCGUGAAGGUAGAACGCCUAAACCCACUCUGCCAGUACCAACCACACCACCAAACACCACCGCCUUGCGCUGCAGACAGCGCCAUAGUGGAGGAGAUGACCUUAAAGAAGGAGAGUCCAGAAGAGACGAGGGAUGCCUCACCUCCACCAAUGGAUUCACUGCAAGUGGAGGACUUAAGCACAGAGUGUUUGUCCACCGUCCGGUCAACUUCAUUGCAGGAGUGGAUUGCAGAAGCGCAGGAUUUUCAGCUCCAGAACUCACAACAAAAUUUUCUACCAAACCCGGAGGCCUCUUCACUUCUUUUCGGAGCUCAUUCCCAUAGCGACCAUCCCAACAAUAAUAACCGCAUCUAUACAUGCAAGUCAUGCAACAGGUCUUUCCAGAAGCCCAGUGACCUGCUGCUCCACUCCAACCAUUGCCAACAGAAGACACUCGCGAGCAAAAAACGGGCCGGCAUUCACCGUUACCCACCUGGAAGCAGUCCUUUCCACUGCCCAGAGUGCAAACGAGAGUUCAACCGCAGGGAAAACCUCAUGACCCACCUUCGCAUCCACACAGGGGAAAGGCCUUUCACCUGCUCGGUCUGCUUGAAGUGUUUCCGUCACUCCGGGGCACUCACCAGACACUUCCGGAUCCACACCGGUGAGAAGCCAUAUAUAUGUGGACAGUGUGGGAAGUCCUUCAGGAAUGGUGGAGGGCUCAAAUUCCACCAGCGCCUACACAACACAUGACUGAGUGAUAUCCACAAGUUAGUAGAAAAGUAUGUUGCUAUGUUUCAAUGUAAGUUUCUGUGUUUUUUUUUACUCAUUACAUCAUGAAUGUUUUUCAUGCCUACAUUCACAAUAGUCAAAAUGAACUGUUGGUAACACUUUAGUAUGGGGAAAAUAUUCACCAUUAAUUAGUUGCUUAUUAAAGUAACAAAGACUUAAUUUUGAGUUAUUUGGACACAAGGGGAACAUAUAAGGGUUAGGGUUAGGGUUACGAAUCAGCAACAAUUCUGAGGUUACUGAAGGAAGACUCUUAGUUAAUGGCUUACUGGUUGGACCCGCUCGACAUCCAUUGCUUUCCUCCUCUCCAAGGUUCUCAUAGUCAUCAUUGUCACCGAUGUCCCACUGGGUGUGAGUUUUCCUUGCCCUUAUGUGGGCCUACCGAGGAUGUCCUAGUGGUUUGUGCAGCCCUUUGAGACACUAGUGAUUUAGGGCUAUAUAAGUAAACAUUGAUUGAUUGAUUGAUAAUAAGGCCAGGCAGAAUAUGGCAUUAGUAAGUACUUAAUAAUGACUAAUUAAGAGCCAAUAUGUUACUAAUUUGCAUGUUAAUAAGCAACUAAUUAAUGGUAAAUAUAGGGCUGGGCGAUAUAUCGCAGGGCUUCACGAUGGCAGAGGGGUUAGUGCGUCUGCCUCACAAUACGAAGGUCCUGUGGUCCUGGGUUCAAAUCCAGGCUCGGGAUCUUUCUGUGUGGAGUUUGCAUGUUUUCCCCGUGAAUGCGUGGGUUCCCUCCGGGUACUCCGGCUUCCUCCCACUUCCAAAGACAUGCACCUGGGGAUAGGUUGAUUGGCAACACUAAAUGGUCCCUAGUGUGUGAAUCUGAGUGUGAAUGUUGUCUGUCUAUCUGUGUUGGCCCUGCGAUGAGGUGGCGACUUGUCCAGGGUGUACCCCGCCUUCCGCCUGAUUGUAGCUGAGAUAGGCGCCAGCGCCCCCCGCGACCCCGAAAGGGAAUAAGCGGUAGAAAAGGGGGAGGGAGGGAGGGCAUAUGAUAUAUCGCGGGUUAGUCUCAGUGCGAUAUAGAAAAUGACUAUAUCGUGAUAUUCGAGUCUACCAGGGGUCGGCAACCUUUACCACUCAAAGGGCCAUUUUGACCCGUUUCACAAAAUAAAGAAGACAAUGGGAGCCACAUCCAUUCUCACGAAUAUCUGCUGGUGGUCACCCAGAUAACAUUAACAAGGGCGUGCUAUGGAGCCGUUGCCUUUGACGCCUUUUACAACAUGAACAAACAGCUUGCCAGUCAGUAACAUGUUAUAUUUGGCUUCCGCAGGUACGAGAUUGCAAGGCAUACUGGGUGAUACAGGUUACACUGAAGGUUGUGAUAUAAACAACUUUAACACUCUUACUAAUAUGCGCCACACUGUGAACCCACACCAAACAAGAAUGACAAACACAUUUCGAGAGAACAUCUUCACAGUAACACAUUAUGAACGCAACAUAACAAUUACCCGGAAUCGAUGGAUCCAUGACUCUUCCAGGCUAUAUAAUACACCUAGCUGGCACCAAACCACUUCCCCCCCAUCCGUGCGUCGGUUGAGGUGGGCGGGGUUGUGGGCACGGGGGUGUAUAAUAUAGCCUGGAAUAGUCAUGGAUGCAUGGGAUUCUGGGUAAUUGUUAUGUUGUGUUACGGUGCGUAUGUUCUCUCGAAAUAAGUUUGUCAUUCUUGUUGGGUGUGGGUUCACAGUGUGGCGCAUAUUACUAAGAGUGUUAAAGUUGUUCAUAUCACAACCUUCAGUGUAACCUGUAUCACCCAGUACGCCUUGCAAUCUCGUACGUGGGGCGAUAGAAGCAGCGAGAUGCAUGCGUCCGGCCGGUGGCUUAAAGGCGGGCGCGAUGACAUGUUUUAGAGGACGCUAAAAGUAAAGCCAUCACAGCAUGCCCACAAUAUUGUGGUCCGAGUGAAAAUUGGGGAAUGUUGACCCGGGUGAUGUCCGGGAGAGGCACCGAAUUCCGGAAUCCCUCUGUAACAACCGGGGGGGUCGGCGAUUAUGCAGCUGAGCCACAUCAGAGUGGCCAAAGAGCUGCAUGCGGCUCCGGAGCUGCGGGUUGCCGACCCCUAGAGUAUACGUUCUCAAGCAGUUGCUUUUAUCUGUGGGCAUUACACUACAGGCUCUUCCCACUCCUUCUUGUGUCGCCUUCUCACAGACCGUAUGCGCAGCUUCUUACAUACGUCACAUACUGUCACGUCAUACGUCACAUACGUAUACGCCUUUGCGGAGCAGAGAGGUAGCAGCCUGCGUAAUGUUAGCUGUGAUGCUAGCGGAGCCGUGCGAGUGGUAAUACGAGAGAAAGAAGGUGCGGAUCUGGUAACAAAUUAAGGAAGAAUGAAUUCCCAAGAAAAACAGCAGGGGGUCCGUUGUCUGGCGGUGGUUCGGCUUCAAGCGGGAAGAUGUCGAUUUAAUUUAUUAAGUGUGGGGCACAAGUGUUGCUACCAAAAGUAGCAUUACUGCUAAUAUGUAGCAUCAUUUGAAAAGUCACCAGCUAACAACUGUUUAAUAAAUACAGUUUUGGUCAGUUGACUUAGUUGUGAUUUUGUUCUCUGCAUGCAUGUUUAAAAUGAGUAUAUAUUAAUGCAGUAUGAAGAAGAAUGUUUGAAUGUAGACACAUAGAAUCAUCAUACUGCUGUGAUUAUAUGUAUCAAGUGUUCAUUCAAGGCUAAGGCAAAAUAUCGAGAUAUAUAUCGUGUAUCGCGAUAUAGCCUAAACAUAUUGAGAUAUUAAAAAAAGGCCAUAUCGCCCAGCCCUAGGUGUUCCCCAUACUGAAGUGUUACCGAAAUGUUUAAUUGUGUUCACUGCUUGUCAUCGGUGGAAAUACUAACACAAAUGAGUGAUAAUGUGGUGUGAUUGGCCUAAAUGCAUCCUGUAUUUUGAGUUUCAGUGUAAUUUAUUAAUAAUGUUUGGAGAAUAUUUUCUAACCAUGGGACAGAGUGAAUUGCACAAGAAGUCUCACUGGUUGUGCAGUACAUUAUGAUCAAGGACAUAACCGUGAAUACACCCUGUGUUUUUUAUCUUUGCAAAUACACACACAUUGUAUCUUAUUUAGAUUGACACAACAUUAAACAUACAUACGCAUCCUUUGAAAUUGACUUUGAAACCACGUUGCAACUUAGGUGUGUUUGUAAAAUUGGUACAACAUUGAUGACCCAACGUUGGAUCCACGUUGUUAAUUGGGAAAUGACCAGAUUUCCUCUGUCUAGUCAACAUCACAACCUGACAUUGAAUAAACGUUGUUAAAAAGCA